CGCAGGUUAUCGCGGUAGCACCAGAGCCCGUAGCACUCCCGAGGACGACGUUGGCCUACAGUUCCUGGAACCCACGUAACAACACACUCUUUGGACACAUCGAGCCCUUCGUCAAUAUUCUUGAUUUUGUUAACUGAAUCAUCGUGUUUGGUGACAACUUAAAUAAUAUUUAGUGGCCCAUGGACACAGAGGGUCAGUCCAUGGGGAUGAGAGGUGAACGACAGGUGCAGCGCUCCCGGUUGUGGGCUCAGUGACUUACUCCCUGGGCUCACGAUGGCGCAGGGAGGCCCGCAGUUAGACUAUCACAUCCUGCAGGACCUCAAGCAGCGCUUCCCGGAGAUCCCUGAGGGAGUAGUGUCCCAGUACCUUCUGCAGAACAAUAACAACCUGGAUGUAUGCUGCCACCUGCUGGCUCAGGAAAGCAACCGAUACCUUUAUGAAGAAUAUCACAGUCCUCCUGAUGAGGUUCGUCUGAACAGGAACCAGAUGCUGCAUAUCAGCCUGGGCCCCUCUGAGGGCAACAAGACCAACAGCCCAGGCCGCCACCUGGUGCACAGCACUAGCGACAGCCACAUCGAGCCUCCAAGAGGUGGAUUCCCUGAGCCCCUGUCGGCCCCUGCUAUGGCCCCCUCGCCAGGGUACAACCCCUUUUUCAUGAGUGAUCAAGGACGCUCGGCCAGUACCCCCACACCCCCUCCCAUGCAGGGCAUGUCCCCGACUUACACCCCCAUCCCCCGAUACACCAUGAACCCGAUCACGGUCACCCUCUCCCAAAACCUGCCUAACGCUCCUCAGGCCUUGCAGAUCCCCCCCUCUUACAACAGCAACAACAGCGCUCUCUAUAUCCGUCCCUCCCCCUCUCAGAGCCCACAGCCUGCACCCUGGCCCUCAUCUGCUGGGUCUGCUGUCUACCAGCCCAACCCUUACCAGCCCUCCUCCUACCCCUCACACCCCUCCCACCCUUCCCCCUAUAGCUCCCCCCAGCACCAGGUCCCCCAGACGUCGCAUGCGUUCUUGCCCAUCAGCCCCCCGAACCUGCAGAACAUGCCCUACCAGCAGGCCUACCGACCCUACCUCUCCUCCAAGAGCUCCCUGACGAACCAGAUCGAGAUCACACUGGAAGGGCCGCGGCCGCGCAGCAACUCCCCAGUCCACAACUCCCAGGGCCCGUCCUACUACAUGGCCACCUGCCCGUCGCCCAGCUCGCCAUCGCGCGCCAUCAGCAUGACGGGCCCCGUGGGCACCACCUUCCACCACGGCGUGUACCUCCACCAGGGCCCGCCGCGGCCCCGGCCCACCUCCUCCCCGCAGCCCGCCGGCUCGGCCUACAGCUUCAAGAUCAAAGUGCACGCGGGGCAGCCGCAGAGGCCCGCCGGGUCCCCGCCCGUGGAGGCCGAGCCGCUGCUCAACAUCGUGGACCAGGGCGAGCGCCACGGUGCCCCUCCGCCCAUCCUGCCCAUCUCGGCCGGGCCGGGCAGCUUUGCCAGCCACAUUGCCAACCGCAUGCCGCGACGCUCCAGCUCUGGCUCUGAUGACUAUGCAUACACACAGGCUCUGCUGCUGCACCAGAGGGCCAGGAUGGAGCGGCUGUUGAAGGAGCUGUGCAAAGAACAGCAGAAGCUUGAGGGGCUGAAGGCUGAAGUCAAUGACAUGGAGUAUGAUGCUUUGCAGAGACGCUUCCGGAGGGUCAACAGCUCCAGCAUCAUCCCCAGGCCCGAAGAGAUGACCAGACUGCGUACCUUAAACAGACAGCUCCAGAUUGACAUUGAUUGCACCUUGAAGGAGACAGACCUGCUGCAGUCUAGAGGGAAGUUUGAUCCGAAAGCCAAGAACAACUUCUAUGACAACAUUCAGCCUGGUCCGGUGGUACCACCAAAACCCUCUAAAAAAGACGAGGAGCGUCCAUCCCGACCGCCACCGCACGCCCAGAGGGACGAGGACUUCGAGGGGGCCCAGUGGAACUGCGACAGCUGCACCUUCCUCAACCACCCAGCGCUCAACCGAUGCGAGCAGUGCGAGAUGCCGCGCUACACCUGAGCCCGCUGCGGUAGCGCCACAUGGUGCCACGCCACGCCACAGCAAGCCCUGCCACACACCCCUCCCAUGCCCCGCCCCCGUCCCCACCCCCCAUGCCUGGCGUGCGAUCCGUUGACCGAGUGAUUGAUUGAACGAUCAAACGAUGAGACUGUCCCCGCUCCCAAAUCCUCUACCGCCCUAACUAAUCGUCAGUCUCAUCGUGCUACUUUUCCGGGGGUUCUACCUAUUGUUAUUCAGAGACAUGAGACCCUCCGCCUGUCACUUUUUGCCCCCUUUCCUAAAUUCCUCUUUGAAGCCCAGCAAUAACUGAGCCCCCUUCCCCCGAGGAAGAGCCACUCCAUCGAAACCCACCCACCCCCCUCUUGGAGGAGCUUCCUGCACUUACCUGUGAUCUCUAUUGGAGGAGGAGGAGGAGGAUGAUGAUGCUUUAAGGAGAAAGGUGGGAGACUGUGUCCAUGUAAAAAAACGAGUGAAAGAAAAAGACAUGAAAAAGGCAGAAAGGGAGUGAUUUGACCCUGGAUCUGAUCUACUGGGUGGGGUUUACAAUAGACGGAAGCCUUUGGAAGAGAAAGAGGCGUGGUUUACCGAUCUAGCAUUCCAUGCAGAAUGAGACUGUCGUGUUUACACAUAUGAAGCCCCAAACCAGAGCAAGUGUGGGGCAGCUCUCCUCUAAAAGAGUAGGGUGAUGAUGAUGAUGAUGAUGAUGAUGAUAUUAUUUUAACAAACAGCAGGGGUCUGAAAGAUAUAUUAUGUAGACUUUACACUGUAUUCGCUCUCUGCAGAAGAGAGCUCCUCUCAUUGAAUGAAGAACACUAAGAGACUUGCGUAUAAGAUAUAUACCUGGUACUUUUAUGCAUACUAUGCCACACUGUAUUCUGUGUUAAAAGAUGUUGAUUUCCUGUGCAAAUGCCUCAACUUGCUGUACGUAAUAAAAAUAAAGGAGCUGAUUCUAUGUGA